AUGGCGGAACAUAUCCUCUUCUACGACAAGCCCGCCAACCUAUGGGAGGAUGCCCUGCCCAUCGGAAACGGCAGGCUGGGUGCCAUGGUGCGCGGCACCACCAACGUCGAGCGCCUAUGGAUCAACGAAGACUCAGUCUGGUACGGUGGGCCUCAAAAGCGCGACAACCCUGCAGCGCUGGCCAGCCUUCCCAAAAUCCGCGAGCUCAUCGAUCAGAACCGAAUCGCCGAGGCCGAACACAUGAUCACCCGGACCUUCACCGGCAUGCCCGAGUCCCUGCGGCACUACGAGCCCAUGGGCGACGUGUUUCUGACCUUCGGUCACGGCACUGAUCCCCCAGGGAAUUACUGCCGCACCAGCGGCAUCGCCGCCUUCGAGAACCAGUUCACUGGAAACGCGAGCAAGGGGCCCCAGGGGUACCGUCGCGAGCUUGAUCUACGCACCGGCGUGGCGAGUGUUGGGUAUUCGUAUGAAGGUGCCCGAUACUCGCGACAGGUGUUCUCUAGUACGACCGACGAGGUUGUUUGUGCCAGCAUCUCUUCCGAUAACGAGAUCAAGUUCUGUAUCUCGCUCAAUCGUGGCGACCACCCCGAGUGGGAUCGGCGGAUCAACAAAACCUUUGAUUCGCUCGAGUCGAUCGAAGGCGGGCACUUGCUCUGUGGCCAAGCCGGCGGUAAAGGUGCCGUUGCGUUUGCCAUGGGAGUGCGAGUGAUCAUCGAGGGGGGAGCGGGCACAGUUGAUAGCAAUGGCUCUACUAUCGAAGUCGUUGCCCGGGGAAGGGUCAUCGUCCUGGUUUCUGGCGAGACGACCUUCCGAAAUCAAGACGCUGCCCAAGCAGUGAAGGCUAGGCUUGAUGCUGCGGCGACCAAAUCGUGGUCUGACCUGCUGUCUGCGCAUGUCAAGCGCUUCUCACAUCUAUAUGAGCGAGUCGAACUCAAGCUUCCGGGGAGUCGAAGCCAGAUGGAGACCCCAACCGAUCAGAGACGGGCCAAGGUCCAGGAGGGGGCUAUCGAUAACGGCAUGACGGCGCUGCUCUUCCAUUAUGGCCGGUACCUGCUCAUCAGUUCCUCACUCUCCGGUCUCCCUGCGAACCUGCAGGGUAUCUGGAACGGCGACUUCAUGCCAGUAUGGGGUUCCAAGUACACCAUCAACAUCAACAUCCAAAUGAACUACUGGCCUGCCGAAGUCACCAACCUCCCCGAGUGCCACAAUGCCUUGUUCGAGUUGCUCGAACAGCUUGCCGAGAGAGGGGCUAAGACGGCCCGAGACAUGUACGGAUGCCGCGGGUGGGUGGUCCAUCACAACACCGACCUGUGGGCCGACACAGCACCGCAGGACUCGAAUAUCUGCGCCACGUACUGGAACCUCGCCGGAGCGUGGUUCUGCACACACCUUUGGGAGCACUACCUCUUCGGCCGGGACGUUGACUUCCUCCGCCGCAUCUUCCCAAUCAUGCAGGGCUCGGCCCUCUUCUUCCAAGACUUCCUCAUCGAGCGCGACGGCAAGCUCAUCACCUCGCCCAGCUCGUCGGCCGAGAACUCGUACCACAUCCCCGGGAGCCCGGACAGAGUGGGCUCCAUCUGUGCCGGCCCGGCCUGGGACGCCCAGAUCCUGACGGAGCUCUUCUCCGCCUGCGUCGAGGCGAGCACGGUGCUCGGGCUGCCGACUGCCGAGUUCGAGGCCGUGCUCGCCAGGUUGCCGCGGCCGCAGGUCGGCAAGCACGGACAGAUCAUGGAGUGGAAGGACGACGUCGACGAGGUCGAGAUCGGCCACCGCCACAUCUCGCACCUGUGGGGCCUCUUCCCCGGCAAGAGCAUCCGCGGCCCCGAGCUGCAUGCCGCCGCGACGCGGACGCUCGAGCGCAGGCUGUCGGGUGGGGGCGGCCAUACGGGCUGGAGCUUGGCGUGGAUCUUGUGUCUGUAUGCGCGGUUGGGCGAUGCGCAGGCGGCGCAGGAGGGGGUGCAGAAGAUGUGCAGCGAAGCGGUGCUGGAUAGCCUGUUGGCGAAUCACCCGCCGUUCCAGAUCGACGGGAACUUCGGGUUCACGGCUGCUGUGUCCGAGAUGCUGCUGCAGAGCCACGACGGGGAUUACAUCGACUUGCUUCCGUGCUUGUUGCCGUGCUGGGAAGAGGAGGGAAGCAUAAAGGGACUGAGGGCACGGGGGGGUGUCGAUGUUGAGUUGCUAAGUUGGAAGGAUGGAAAACUGCUGGAGGUUAUCGUCUCGUCCAAGAUACCUCAGACUAGAAUCUUCCGCAUCGCCCCUGAGCGUCUGGUAUCUGGCAAGGGUGUGGUCAGCGUGGAACUUGUGCCAGGAUCUCCGACGAAGUUGUCCGAGUCGUGGGCUUAG